AUGGGCUGCCUGGGGAGGAAAACCCUGCCUUUCUUCUUCAUUUUUGUGCCCGUAUAUCUACGUGGGGCUUUGUUGCAAGAAACUGCACCUGAGAGGCAAAGAAAACCAUUCCUUGAGAGGCUCUGUAGACUAGAAGCACAGUUUCGGAGGUUCCAAAAGGCAACCCUAAAGCACCUGCAGGGCAUUGCCAGCAACUACAACCUGUCCUUCGUCAUGGAGGCCUCGUUCUGGAGCCUGGCCCACGAGAGCCAGGCCACGGCCCUGGCACUCAGCCAGCUGCAGGCCGCUGUGCAGGGCGACCUGGGCCACCUCAAGACCUGGGUGCGGAAGACUCAGUGCAGAGACCAGAAGGUGGACAACAGGCUGCUGGCCUUGGCCACCGCCCUGAGUGAGAGGAGCAAGCAGCGCGCCCAGGAGAGGAAGGGGCAGGGGGAGCGGAGGAGCGCCCUCUCCGAGCCAGGGCGCCGGGCGGGGGGGGGGGGGGCAGCUUUCAAGGGGCGGCUGCAAGUGGCCGGCCCUGGCACCGCCGCCCUGCAGGUGACCCCGGCCCCACCUAGGCCAUCGAGCCCGAGCUCCCCACAGCUGCAGGCAGGGACGCAGGAGCCCCCAGGCCCAGGCAGCCAGCAGGCGUGGCCCCCCGAGAGCCCAGGAGAGAUUUGCAACAUGGGCCCUGCACUCAUCUUUCCGAACGCGUCCACUGUGAAUGUGGUCUUCUCACCCGGCUUCCUCACUGGCCUACGUGCCCUGUCUGUCUGCAGCUGGGUCUGCACAGCCUUGGGCCACAUGGGCACUCUCUUCUCGUACACCAGAAAAGAAAAUGACAAGCUGGUUCUGCAUGGCUGAGACUCCCUGUCCCCCGGCUCCAUCCACUCUGUGAUUGGAGACCCGGCCUUCAGGGAGCUGCCCCUCCAGCCACUGCUAGAUGGCUGUUGGCACCAUGUGUGUGUCAUCUGGACGUCCAUCCUGGGCCUGGGCAGGUACUGGCUCCACAAUGGCCAAAGGCUAGCGGCCACUGGCUCCCGCUUUGGGGAAGGCUAUGAGAUUCCUCCAGGAGGCUCCCUCAUGCUAGAUCAGGAGCAAGACAGCAUUGGGGGCGGGUUUGUUGGCCCUGAGGCCUUCGUGGGGAGCUUAGCAGGCCUGGCCAUAUGGGACCAGGUGCUGGUCCCCAGGGAGGUCUCAAACCUGGCCACUGGGAAGGAGUUCCUGAUGAGCGCCAUCCUAACACUGGCCAAUGCCGCAUCGGUAGAUGGAUUCAGCCAAAGGGUGAACUGCACCUGCCUACAGCUCUGUUCCUGA